AGGCUUAAGGAUAACAGGAUGAAUUUGUCUACACAGUACGUUGCUAGCAGGCUGUUUACCAAUUCAUUUUAGAUCACAAUCGCAUUGCUUUGCAUUGCUUAUUACAGUCGCGCCUUCUCGUCUGCAUGCACUUCGACAGCACACAGAAAGGGAUUUGCGUGUACCUGGCUUCGAAGACGUCUCGGGGUGGGGGGGUCCCUGAACUAAAGUGGCUCAUCAUUGUUGCUCGUUGUUCCGUUGUCUGGAAUUAAAAAAUGUUCCGGAGCAGGAACUGCAGCGAAGAUGGAUUUAACUUCAGUAGUGGAUCACCGUUGCCAGGAGAACUGGCCAGCCCCCAACAUGAACCAAAUUCGCCUGUUUCUGGGUUCACACAGGCGAAGAGUUUAGAAGAAGGUGACAUCUCAAAAAGGAACGUGCAGCUAACACCAAAGGCUUCCACUGGUUCUAAACUCUCAAAUCCUCAAUCUGAAAAACGGUACCUGGGAGUGCGUGUUAGAAUGCCAGUCAGAGACAUGCUCAGGAAAAUACGAAUAGCCAAGGGUCUGGAUCCCAAUCCAAUACAGGGAGCUCAGGGAAAAUCAUCAAGGGCUACAGGAGAGAAAAAACGAGUAACAUCAAGUGGAGAUCGCAGAAAGAAGCUGAAUAAACGUCAAACGAGUCUGGAGGACCUGGCAAUCAUCGUGGAGGUUCUUGAGGAGGAUCUCAAAGCCAGCGAAUUCCACAAACAGCCCCAAAGCGAGGACAGCACUUCACCUCAGUACUGUCCCGACUGGCAGGGAACCCCCUGGUAUCUCGACGUUCCCUGUUCCACCCAAGGUCACGCGACACCCCCACCUCAGGAGUACGGUUACCCCUCCGAGCUGUCCCCCACCGGCUCCCCAGAGAGCUACGCCUUCUCGCCCCAAGCCCUGCCACACAGCCACAGCUCCACCCCGUCCAACAGCCACGGGGCGUAUCGCAGCAGCGAGGCAGACGAGAGGUUCAACGGCCCCCAUCCCCAGGCACCCUACUCCCCCUGCAGCCCUGAAUACGAGGCCCCGUCCCCGCCCAAGCUCCACUUCCGCAGCCCCCUGCCCCUCUCGGAGAAAGAGGGCCAUGCGAAGGGGCUCGGGGAGCUGGGGCAGUACUGGAACGGCAUGUCCUUCUUCUGGUUUCAGCUACAGAGGGAGAACAGUCUGCUGAGUGCCGUCUCUGAUGAGCAGCUUCUCGCCUCAGACAGCAGUGGGAGGAUCCUGCUGCACAGAGCAGUGAGCCAGGGCAAGAGGGCCACGGUUUACAGCAUUGCCAAACGGAUGGCUGCCAUGGGCCAGCUCCACCUCAGGGAUGCCGAAGGCAAGACUGCCCUCCACCUUGCGGCUCAGAGGAACCAGCACUUGAUGGUGGCAGACCUGCUCUUGCAUGGUGCCAGGGUGAAUGAGAGGGACAGGUUUGGCAAGACGUGCCUUCACCUCAGCGCAGAAAAUGGAUAUGUGAGAGUGGUGGAGGUGCUGAAAAACUUUAUGAACAUUGGGAUGUAUGUUGACGUAGAGGCAAGAGACAUAAAUGGCUUCAGCGCGCUGCAGUGUGCCACGCUGGCCCUGAAGGUGACGGUGCAGGAGCUGGAGAUGAACAGCAGCCCCAGUGAGGUCCACUUCCACACACUGAGGAAGGAGCAGCUGCUGGACACACUGGACUGCCUGCUGCUGACUGGACAAUCGUCACACGCACAGAGCUACGAAUCUCAGAUGAUGUGGGAUGUAUUUCGCCAUGGGUGCAGCUCAUAUUUGGAAGAAGUGGCGAGCGUCCCACAGAGCAAAGCGCUCGUCUGAGCGAGCCGCAGAGAGGUGAGCUACAUGGUCUGAGUGGUUGGCCCCCAAGAGGCUGGUCUCCAAGUGGUUCACCAUCUCCAGGCUUCGUGAUGUCAAAAGUGUGUCUGCUGGAAAAGGCAGUCCUGUUAACCGACAGUAAAUGUUACGGAAUUGUGUCCCUUCCUGGAAUUUUAAAUGUAUACCCAGGGACAGAGGGCCUUUUGCAAGUUAAAGCUUACUCAAAUCACCAGCUACUAAAAGAGAUAUUCCAAUCCAUAAAUAAUACAUUUAAAAAAACAAACAAAAAAACAAAAACAUUUCUUUUAGAGGGCUGGUUGAGACUUUGUGUAAAACAACCAGAGUUCUAUGCUAGGUCAAACACAGAGGAAUGUCCUCUGUGUCUAACUGACCUGCUUUCAGACAGUGGUUCCACAUAAGCUGGUUUCUAUGAAACUUCCAAAGUUUGCUACAAUAAUGUAGCAUGUUGUUCUGUAAAUACUAGAGUCGAAGAAAAUUAAUGGUCUAUGUGUUUGAGUGCAGGUACGGGUGUUGAAUUCACAAUAUAGGUAUGUGCCUUUGUGUUAUUGCAAUAUUUGAAUGGAUGUGCAAUAAAUAAUGCAAAUAGUUUGCUGAUGUGUUUAUAUACUUUAUACUAUCUGGUGUUGGUUUUACAUACAUACAUCUAUAGAUGCAGACGUGCGUAUUACUGGAAUUGACUUCUCAGCACAUGGAAAAUGUAAAACAUUUGAUUCUGAUACUGGUUUCUUUGUUUUAUUGUUAAAAAUGCUCAGUAAUAUGGUGUUCUUGCAUGUUGGACACAUACAUAUUUACAUGAUAUAUAUUCAGUAAUUACAUUUUUUAAAAGUUGCUGUAUUUUAAGGUGAUAAACAUUACUAAUGGAUGAUGAACAUAAGAUGUGUAUUUUUUGUCUCAGACAAGAUAAAAGCUUAUAUUUGUUAACUGCACUUAAAAGUAGUUACUUUACCAUAUUAAUACUUUGUGUGAUGCAUUCCAACAAAGGGAAAUGAAUUAUCUGGGAAUUGUUUGACAGUAAAUGUACUUGUAUUGGCGACUUGAUGUUUCUUUAUUAUGCUACAUUAAAAUGUAAAUCAAAUAAAGGACUAUU